AUGGACGGUGCUGUCCGAUCCUCAAGGAUAUCACCACGCAUGUUACGUCGUCUCAGCAAGCAUCAGCGCAUCAUGGCCACUCUCAUUGUUGUCCUUGCUGGCUUUUCUCUUUUGGCGUCCAUGUCGUUUACUUCAACCUUGUCUCUCAGCAGCGAUUCAGACACCUCAAUGCAUAGACGACCAUUGACUUCUUCUUCUUCAAACAACGAACGUUAUCUUGCCUAUUUGCCUCAUUCAGGGUUGUCGAAUCAGCGAAUUGAGUUGGCCAACGCGUUGGUCCUUGCAGCACUACUCGAUCGUACACUUAUUGUACCGCCAGCCUUUCUUGGAACGGUGGUUGGAUGGAUGAAGCAGGAUCAGUUGUAUGAACAUCUUGGAUGGCUUACAGACGGCAGUGUCGACUUUGAGUACGAGUGUCGACCUCCUACACCGGGUGAUUUGGGAUCUUACAUUGUCAAGAGUCGUUGCAUUGAAUAUCAUCGAUUUGCAGUCAUUCAUUGGACCACUUUACAUGACUUGGAACAUGCCGUUGCUCCCUACGUGCGUAUCCGUUUCCAGGAUCAGGUAUCAUUGGAUCGAUUACAGGAGGAUUUGGGUAUUGGCCCUGAUGAGACGUAUGUGCAUACCGAUGAGCAUAUCUAUGAUUGGCGAUUAUACGAGGAUCGAGCAGAAGCAAAGCGAUUGGUUACUACCGGCACCAACUAUUUCGAUUCAUUUGCUGGAAGACGCUACUUUAAGGUGUAUACGCUGGAUCAUUGGCGAAGACGACCGGAAAAGUUAUUGCAAUUGGGCGGCAUUUUUGGCAGCACACGGAUGUCGUUGGUCAACCCAAAGUAUUUGGCACUUCGAGAACGGAUCACACAGGCACUGCAUUAUCGACGAGACACUGCCAUUGGUGAAACAGCACAAAACAUUGUUCGUUAUUUGGGUGGUGAAGGAACUUUUGUGGGCGUCCAUUUUCGUACUGGCGACAGUCCUUUCCGCAAGCAGCUUAGACACAACAUGGAUAUGUUUGCAGAGGGCAUGGCUGAAUUGACACACGCCAAUGUAUCAUUACCGAUAUCAGAGAACGACACUGAGGAAGAUGAUGAUAGCAUCGAUGAGGACAAACGUAUCCAGCUACUACCUCCAUAUGAAGGAUUGCAUCGUCCGCCAUGGUCAACGAUUUGCCGUUCAGUGCCAGCUGAUAAGAAUACACUUAUCGUAUCGGGUACAAGCACCAACAUUUACAUUGCUACCGAUCACCGUGAUCCACGUGGAUACAAGAGCCAACUGUCACCAUGGUUUGAAACUUUUCCUUGUACUGUCACCCUCAACGAUUUACCAGAGUACCUGUUUGCACCUCUCGAUCGCCUUCACGACCACAUUGUCCCGGGUAAACCCCUUCGAUCCUUUUUGAUACCAAUUGUUGAUGCCAUGGUUGCUGCUCAUGCUCGUCAAGUGUUUACUACGCCUCGUUCAACAUAUUCUAGAUACAUUAGCGAGAUGAACCAAGCUUGGAUCCAUUGA